AUGGCGAAGACGGCCUUAGACGCGUACGCUGCUACCUUCUUCGCCAGCCUCGACCAACAGUCGCAGCCCUCGGAGCAGGCGGCCCCGACGACAGCAGAGCAGGUCGUGAGCGUGCUGGUACCGACGAUGACGCUGGCUAGCGUGCGCAAGCUCAUGCAUGCCAUCGAGUCUGAGCUGCAGGUUGCAGGACGCAACGCAACCCCUGUCACAUCGAGCAUGCUGCCGGCGCACGUUUGCGAGGAUUGUGGCAAUGCAGACGUCGAGAAGUUCCUUGUCACGGACCUCUCGGUCGUAUGCAUGGGCACGGACGGCGCCGGCUGCGGGAACGUCUUGGAGGCCUCGCGCCUGUAUGAAGGCAAUGCAUACCGCCGCUUCGAGGACGAGGAGGACCGAUCGCAUCAUGGCGCGCCGCCCAACCCGCUCUUCUCAGUGGGCUACAACAUGCAGACGUCAAUCGAUAAGGAUGGUGGACCCGCGGCCACCAUGCUCCGGCGCGUGCACAGAGAAGUCGAGCUCUCGUGCAACGAGCUUGGCCUGGACUCGCGCCAGACGCGUGUGGGCUACAAAGACAUGAUGAAGCGCGAGGUGUUCAAGCUCAUCGAGGACGUCGGCGCCAACUUGGACCUUCCUGACUGCGUGCUGCAGCUCGCCAAGGUGUACUUUGCCCGCGUCCGCGACCUUCGCGAGCAGAUCCGCAACAAGCUCGGCACCGUGGCGGCUUGCGGCUUGCUCGCGCUCCCGACGACACGCAUCCAGGAAGCGGUGCCCGUCUUUGCCUGCGGCGACUGCGCCUUGACCUUCAACGCCCAGCGAGGCCUGCGCUUCCACCACUGCCCCAUGCGCUCGCCACCGCCUACUGCAGCUACUGUCGUGCACGAGACCGCCGUUGCGCCAGCUGCUGCGAGCCCGUGGGGCGCAUUUGUGUUUCGCGGCGAGAAGCUCUUACACUGCUGCCCUCAGUGCCCACGCAUCUACGUGACGCUUGGAGACCUCGCGGCUCACGCGGCUCGCCACGCCAACCAGAAGCGCAAGACGGACGCACGCGCGCUCGCUAGCAACACGCCGUGGAAGCGGUCCUGCUGCGUCUAG